AUGGGUGAAGAAGGAAUUGCUGGCCGCCAGACCAACGGGGUCACCAAACCACUGGCACGCGUGAAUGGGCCGCGGAUCAAAUCUGUCGCGCCCCUCCACGUUGGACAAUUUAUGUUCGCCCGGGUGGAAACCGACACUGGGAUUGUUGGUUGGGGGGAAGCUGGAAUCUGGGGCCAUAUCCAGGCAGCAGCGACGGCCAUUGAGCGAUUUGCGGAAUAUCUCGAGGGCAAGGCGGCGUUCACGAUCGAGCACCACUGGAAUGUGAUGCACCGGUUCAGCUACUUCCAGGGCCUGGCGAUCAACGCGGCCAUCUCAGCCAUCGACAUCGCGCUGUGGGACAUCAAGGGCAAGGUGCUCGGAGUGCCAAUUUACGAACUCCUCGGGGGAGCCUGCCGUACCAAGGCGCGCGUCUACGGGCACAUCUACGAGAAAACGAUCGAAGGCGUGCUGGCCGAGUGCCGGCGAAAGAUGGACCUCGGAUUCACGGCGUUCGGGCACAUCAACCCGUUCCUCGACGAGGGUAACGAUCAAGUGUACUUUAAGACGCACGUCAAGAAGAUGAACGACGCGAUCGACAACGUCAAGCGCAUGCGGGAGGUCGUCGGCGAUAAGGUGGACCUCCUCAUCGAGCUCCACCGGCGCCUCACUCCCGCGGAGGCGGUGACCUUCUGCAACGGCAUCAAGGACACAUGCCCGAUGUUCGUCGAGGACCCCAUUCGGCCGGAGAACGCGGACGCCAUGGCGCGCGUGGCGGACCGCAUCUCGGUCCCCGUCGCGACGGGCGAGCGCUUCUGUACCAUCUACGAGUUCCAGGCCCUGCUGGCGCGCGACGCCGUGGAGUUCGCACGCAUCGACGUCGCUGUCUGCGGCGGCAUCACUGGGGCCAAGAAGGUCGCUGCCAUGGCCGAGGCCCAUCACGUCCAGGUCGUGCCGCACAACCCGUUGUCGCCCAUUGGCCUGGCCGCCUGUCUUCAGGUCGCCGCGGCUAUCCCCAACUUUGCCAUCCAGGAGUACGCGACGGGGUUCGAGUCCGGCUCCUUCACCUCGACGACCACCCACCUUGGUGCCGAUAUCGUCGACCUGGUGCCCGUCCCCAAAGACGGCUUCGUCGACAUCCCCAGCGGGCCGGGCUUGGGCGUGAACGUCGUCGAGAAGGCGCAGGAGAUCCGGCCACCAUUGGUCCAACCCAUCAGCAUGAGGCCGCAUUUUGAUGGCUUUGUCGUUGACCAAUAG